AUGAAUAGAUUAACUACAAUAACUCACCUAUCUGAUAAAGAAUAAAUGUUGAAUUAAUAUGAAUUAUUGAUAUAAGAGUAUCGUAACUAACCUGAUUCCAUAAAUAUUAUUGCUAUUUGUCUCAAUAAUAUAGGAGCUUUAUUAAAUAAGUAUCAACAAAUUUAUUUAGAAAUGAACUUUUAUCAAAAUCAAUUUUUAGAUUUGUUAAAUAGCACAUGCUUAAAAUACUUCCAAACGCUCUUUAAUUUAUAAUAUUUAUCAAUACAGCUAAAAUAUUUAAUUAAAUGGGAUUGCAUAGUAAAGCUUUUUUGAGAGCUGAAAAAGCUUUGUAGUUCUAUGAAAAGUUUGCCUUUAAUUAAUUAAAUUAAUCUGAAGCUAUCUUAUUGAUAAAUGGUUAUAUUACUUUAGCUAAAUCUUAUGAAAUGGCUACAUUUAAUGAUUUGGCCAAAAUUCGUACUAAAAGCAAACUAAUUUAAACUGGGUACUAAAUUAUUUUUAAUUUAGUUUUAAGAGCACAUAAAUUUUCUAUUAAAAUACAAAAAAACUUUUAGUAAAAUAUGUUGGAAUAACUCAUCCUUUAUAUAAACAAAUUAUUGGUCUAUCUACAUAAAAAUCUGCUUUGCUUUAAAGAAGCUGUAUUUUUUAAACUGAGUUAAAUUUAAAUUAGUUUGUUUAUUAAAAAUAAACUAUAACUAGAAUUAUGAGAUUGUUAGAUACUCUUAAAAAUUAUAUACCAAAAAAUUAUGAAUUAUAAGAAAUUUAUUCAUAAACUCCUUAAAAAGGAUUUUCAAGAUUGAAAACUACAAAUGAAGAUUCUAUAAAUAAAGGGAAAUUCUAUAGAAUUAAACGAAUUAGUAAAAUAGAAGAUGAUUAAGAAACAACUAUUGAAACAAAGAAGAAAAGAAAAUCUUUUAAAAUGGCAUCUAUUUCAAAUUUAGAAAAAAUUAUAACAAAUAAAGUUGAAUAGUAGGUUCAACUUCAUUUCUAAAAAAAAUAAUAAGAAGAUCAGGUGUCUAAUAGUAAAAUUGAUUUAGAUUAAAAAUAUCUCAUUAUACAAAAUGAAAUAAACAAAAUUGAAAAAGAAAAAUAUAAUUAUGAAAAAUAAGGUUAUGAGUGGAGAUAAUAAAUAAAAUUAUUAUAAGAAGAAAUUAAUUAACUAAGAAGCAAAAUUAUUGAUAAUGAAUAAGUACAUUUAAAAGAAGCUAAAGAAUAGCACUUUAGACAUUUAGAAUAAAUUAAGCAUCUUAAUGAAUAAAACUAAUAAUUAAAAUUGUAAAUGAAUAAAACAUUUCAUCAUGAAAAGAAUUAUACUACUUAUAAUAAUAGCAUUGAUGAUCAUUAGUAUUUUUAUUUUACAGAUAAUUUUACUGGCUAAAUGAUAUACAUUCCUUUACUUCAUAAUAUUUCAUUUAUUUUUAAAUAAGAUGGCAUAUUAAUUGAAGUUUAGUUGUUGCAAUAAACAUUAAAAUUGUCAGCCAAAAUAAAUGAUAAAAUAUUAAAUGAAUUUAUCGAAAUUUCGUAAUUUCAAGAUUUCCUCUAAUAUACACAGUACAUACAUACCUUACCAUAUCCAAUAAAAUAUUUGAAUAAUUUUAAGACAUUUAUACAAUAUUUGAUAGUGCCUUUCGUUCAAAUAGUUACUGAGUAAAAUGAGACAAAAAUUGCAAUAUGGCCAUAACCUCAGGGAUUAUUACAAGAAUAACAAAUAAUAUUUCUAAAUGAAAAUUGUUAAUGGUGGUUUCAUAAUAUUGGACUCAAGUGGUUUCGAGUCAUCAUUUAUUCUUAAGCAGAUUUUAUCUUUUAAUUAGAUAUACGAUAUGAUGAAUUUACAUUUUAAUAAUAUUUUAAGCAAGAAAACUUAGAUGAAUAUGAAAUGUAAGAAAAAGAAGAGAUAUUACAAUAUUUAUCUAAAUUAAAUUCAUAGUAAAUCUAAAUAUUAGAGUCUUCUAAAAAUUCAAUUCAUAAUACUUAUUAUUUACCAAACAUUUAGAUUUUAGAUAAGCAAAAACUAAUAUGUCUUAUAAAUCAAUAAAUAAAAUAUAUUGAAUAAUUUUUAAAUUAAUAGAAUAUAAAUUCAAUAUAGUAAAUAAGAAAAAAUAACAGUUUAGAAAUUUAAUUAAUUUCAAUAUAAUUUAAUGAGAAUAAAUCUUAGAUUUAAGCAGUCUUGUUAGAAGAAGGAAAAUGUAUGGUAAGAUUAAGAAAUUGUUUUUUAAGUUAUGCUCCUUAAAAUAAAUAAAUAAACGCUGAUGGAUAUUUUGAAAUAACAAAUUAAUUUUUAAAACAAAGAUAUGGAAUAACUUUUGAGAAUUUGCUUAGAAAUGAAGACAAAAUCUAUUUUUAUGAAAAACUUUUAGAAUCAUUUACUUUACAAAUAUUUUAGAAACCUUUUGAGGAUGAUGAUGAUGAAUUGUUUAAAUAAAAUGGAAUUUUAUUAAGGGAAUUAAAUUUUGGUGGAACAAAUAAAAUAUUUUAUGAUUCAAAUAAUUAUAAAAUUCCUAUAAAUUUUAGUUUGAUAGGUGCUAAUGAUAUACCAUAAUUUGUUAGAAUAGAUCUUUAUAAUGAGGAAUCAAUUGAAUAGCAUUGUAUUUUACUUAAUAUAACUGAAGAGUAUUGGAUUAGACCAGUUGUAACUUAAGUUAAAGUAUGAAUAUUAAUUAAAAUUUAGUAGCAGGAGAAAAAGAAAAAACAAUAGAAAUAUAAUAAAGAAUUUAAAGUUGCUGGUUAAUAUUACUUAUCAUAAAUAUUGUAACAAUUUGGUUGGUUCAUUUUGGAACAUCACAUAUACAUGAAUGAUGAUAAGCAAUUAUAUAUUCAGAGACUUGAUAAUUAAAUUGGGAAAUUAGAAUAAUACAUAAAUAUGAAAUCAGUUUCUGAAUUAAUUAAAUGA